AUGUGUGGCAUUUCUGCUAUCCUGCUGGGCGAUCCGAAAGCCACCACCGCCGCCGUCGAUCUCCACGAAUCCCUCUACUACCUCCAACAUCGUGGACAAGACGCCGCCGGAAUCGCUGUUUGCCAGGGUGGACGAGUAUACCAGGCCAAGUCCAAUGGACUGGCUUCCAAGGUCUUCGAUGAAGGCAGGCGCAUUGCCGAGUUGCCCGGCUUCAUGGGUAUUUCACACUUGAGAUAUCCUACCGCCGGAACAUCAUCAGCAUCCGAAGCACAGCCAUUCUAUGUCAACUCUCCCUUCGGUUUAUCGAUGUCGAUCAACGGAAACAUCACGAACCCUCAAGAGGUCGCCCGAUUUCUCGACCAAGAGGCUCGCCGCCACGUCAACACCGCCUCCGACUCCGAGCUUGUCCUCAACGUCUUUGCAAAUGCCCUUAACGAGCUCGGCAAGGCUCGUGCCAACGUGGACGAUAUCUUUACUGCCCUGCGAGACGUGUACAAGCGAUGCAUCGGUGCCUACAGCUGCGUCGCAAUGGUGGCAGGUUUUGGCCUGCUUGCAUUCAGAGAUUCGAACGGUAUUCGACCUCUCUGCCUCGGAUCAAGACCCUCUGCUACCAUUGAGGGCGCCAAAGACUACUUCCUCGCCUCCGAAUCGAUUGCCUUGACCCAGCUUGGUUUCACCGAUGUCGUCAACAUCAAACCCGGCGAGGCAGUCUUUAUCCAGAAGGGGGGUGUUCCUCAGUUCAAGCAGAUCGAGAAGAGGGAUUCCUGGUCUCUGGAUAUCUUUGAAAUGGUAUACUUCGCCAGACCAGACUCAGAGCUUGACGGCAUUUCCGUACAUCGCAGCCGUGAAAACAUGGGACGCAAGUUGGCAAAGAAGAUCAAGGACACCCUGAGCAAGGAAGCUUUUGAUGAAAUCGACGUCGUGAUUCCGGUUCCGGAGACCAGCAAUACCUCGGCCAGCAUAUUGGCACAAGAGAUGGGCAAGCCAUUCUCAAACGCUUUUGUCAAAAACAGAUACAUUUUCCGCACAUUUAUGCCCGGCCAAAAGGCGCGACGAGCAGGAAUUCGCCGCAAGCUGUCCUGCAUUAAAUCCGAAUUCAAAGACCGGGUUGUUCUAUUAACGGACGACAGCAUCGUUCGUGGCAACACAUCUCGUGAAAUUGUCCAAAUGGCGAAAGAAGCAGGUGCCAAGAAGGUCCUGUUUGUUUCGUGCUCUCCCGAGAUCAGAUACCCCCACGUGCAUGGCAUCGACCUGGCUGACAGAGACGAGCUCAUCGCCUACGGCAAAACGGCCGAAGAAGUGGCCACGGCAAUUGGCGCAAGCGAAGUAGUCUACCAAUCCCUCGACGACCUCAAGGACGCGUGCAGAGAGGCCAUCCAGGACGGCUACGAGAAGAUCGACUUCGAAACGGGAGUAUUCUCAGGCCAUUACACGACCCCCGUGCCAGAAGAGUACUUUGAGCACCUGGAGCGCCUGCGGUCCAACAAGAAGAGGAAAGCAGCGGCUAUCACAGAAUCCGAGGGCGGUGCGCAGACUGUCCUGGUCGCAAGCGGCGGGCCUGUGAAUGUCAGCUCUCGCAACCACAUACAGGAAGAGGAUGUGAAGGGCCCAGAGAACCGGGAGGACGUGAGCAUUUACAAUUUUGCAGGAAAGGUAUAG